AUGCCGCUCGACAACGGGGAGGACGGCGUUGGACUUUGUUUAGUUCCUCAGCAUUUUACAGUGAGCAUCUUGUAUGUUCGCAGGACAAAUUUUAAUGUCUACGACUUCCCGGGGUUUAGUGACACUCGUGGCUCAUGUUCAGAUAUUGUGACAGCGUCUGUUUUGCAAAUGGUAGCACGAUCGGCAAGUUCUAUAAAGGUGGUUCUUGUGGUGCCGUUUGACUCUGUACGUUCUGGUAGUGACCGACUUGGCUUCGUAUCACUGCUCAGGCACGCUACAGCUUUUAUCAAAAAACCCUUAAAGUACCAGAGUUCUGUGGGUCUUGUUGUUACCAAAGUACCAAAUGUUAUACGAAAAGUGAAAGGCGUGCGACUGCUAGUCUCGGACAAUGAUAUGCGUCGCACAGUGGUUUCAUUCCUCCGUGAGGUCAACGGAACAUUGGAUACUUUGAAGCAGUCAAAGUCAGACCCUGAAGAAUUUUACCCAGCAGCCAGCCAACUGAUAAGUAAUAUCUUAGAAAAAGAAGGAGACGAGUAUCCACGAAUUGGCUUGUUUCGGACACCAGAAGAAGAGGGUCUGUUGAGUGAACUUGAACCGAUGCAAGAAGCAAAGUCCGCGCUUCAGAACCUAUUUUACAAUGUACUGACACCCACCGUACCUGACGACGAUGACUUCGGCCUGCCACUCUCUGACGUAGCGAAAUUUAGUGUCCAACGACUUCACAGCAACUUUGCCAGUCGAUUAGAAGGUCAUGUCGCCAAGAUUGCUCUGGCGUUAAAGGAACAUUACCGCGUUCGCCGCCAACAACUCCUCGACAUCGCUGCCGUGCGAGAGCAGAGCUCGCGCGACCGACAGCACCUUGCCCAGGCACUCAACCGGCUGUUACCUGGUAACAACACUAACUCCUCGGUCAGCACUCCUCGGGAGUUUCUGCGCCGACUACUGGCUGCAGUACGUGAAGUGCACCAGGGUGCGCCCGCAGUCGACUUCCUGGCAUCACUUAACGAUACCGCUGUGCUUGAACUGCUCGAAGACGCAACGCCAGAGGAGAUGCAGAACCUCAGACCCGAGCAGUGGUCACAGCCACUUCAAGACCUAAUGAGCUAUGUUGACGGUGUGGAGCUUUGGUACCGAACACUCGACACACUGGAGACCGCACUAUCAGCGUACGAAGUCCAAGGAGACAAGGAUCUGAAACGUCGAAUUCGUCAAAAGCACGAAUCACGGGGCAACAAGGAACUGAAUCCUCUCUUCUCUGUGCUUACUGCUGUUAAUGGAGGAAACUUUGACUCUUUCGAUUUAGCAAAGCUACAACCAGACGCUGAAAUGGUGCGAGAUCUUGACUUACUUGUAAACGCCACGUUAUACCCUGAGCCGCUUCAAUCAAACUGUGUUCAGGAAAGAUCGGGCUGGUCUUUGAAGAUACGAGGCAGGUACAUUUGGAUGAGCGAUGUACUAAAGGAAGUGAGGGCUGGCUGCGAGCAGCACAUAUCUGCGGUUCACAUCCUAGCCGAGCAUAGUCUGUUCAUUGAUGCGGACCUCUAUCUGAACAACGAAGAGAGCAAGGUCAGAUCGCCAGCUCUGCUCUACAUCUUUUCUCCCAGGUGGCAGGUGCUUGGUGAUCACACGCUCUCCGUAGACGGUCUCCCUGGCGCGGACUGUGGCCCGCCACCUAAGUGGUAUAGUCCCGGGAGCGACGGCCUGGCUGGGCUACCUGGCGGCGCGGGUGGCUCCAUCGUGGCGCUGGGCGACGAGGUUCUCGACGGGCAUCGCCUCCAGCUGAGCGCGAGUGGGGGCGCUGGCGGUCGUGGGCAGAACGGAAAGGACGGCCUGCAAGGAGCUAUUGGGCGGGACGCAACAAUAGAUUCAGGCUACAGAUGCAGCGACCAUCGGCAUGAAGAUGGAGCGUGGAACUUUGGACUCGGCUAUUUAUGGGGAUCAACAAAGGGAUUUACUUGCGGUGGAUCCGGUGGCUCUGGUCAUGACGGGGGAGCAGGUGGCGUCGGGGGACAAGGUGGUCAAGCAGGAUCUAUUCGACUCCUCCCGAUAAAUGUGACCUCAAGUGAAAAUCGACCGACACUGCAGCUGACCGUAAAGACGCGCCAAACUCAGGGCCGGCGUGGGGCAGCAGGCCGUGGCGGGGCCGGAGGUGAAGCAGGCACAGAUGGUGCGAUGGUGGAGUACACAGAUCACUACUUCUUCUUCAUCAAAUAUAAAUCAAAGGACUUAAUGGUGGGGAUCAACUUUGUUUGA